GAUAAUUUGUUAGAUAAUUCGAACCUCACAAAAACAAUUAUAAUUAAAUUUAAAUAUAUUCUAAUAAAAAUUAAUAAAUAUAGUACUAGUAAUCAACUGCAUAUGAUAGAACUGCAGAAAAAAUUACUGAAAUUUCUUACCUUGAAUGUACAAAUGCGUGCGCAGGAAACAUAGCAUGCGGAGACGGACAUAACCCUGUUGAUUUGUAACCAACUCUGCGUUGCAUAUGAUAUAUCUUUCUCCUAGGAAUCUUUGCACGAUCGUACUUAAAAGUCAGAAAAUAAUUAAAUAUAAAGAAAAAUGACAGCGGAAGAAAUUGAAAUUGACACAUCAACGUUAAAUGGGAAAGCGGAUGAGGAGGAUAUUGUGACACCUUGGAAUGUUGCAACUAAAAACGAGACUGGAAUUGAUUAUGAUAAGCUUAUUAAAAAAUUUGGAAGUUCCAAAAUCGAUGGAGAACUAUUAGCGAGAUUUGAGAAAAUCACAGGACAGAAACCACAUCAUUUUCUUAGAAGAGGAAUAUUCUUUUCUCAUCGAGAUAUGAAUACUAUCUUAAAUCUUUAUGAACAAGGAAAACCUUUUUACCUUUAUACUGGUAGAGGGCCCAGUUCAGAUUCUAUACACUUAGGACAUCUUAUACCAUUUAUGUUUUGUAAAUGGCUUCAAGAAGUAUUUUGUGUUCCAUUAGUCAUACAACUAACUGAUGAUGAGAAAGCAAUAUGGAAGAACAUAAAAAUAGAAGAUGCGAUUAAAUUGGCCUAUAAUAAUGCAAAAGACAUUAUUGCUCUUGGAUUUAAACCAGAGAAUACAUUUAUUUUUUCUAAUUUAGAACAUAUUGGAAAUAAUCCUGCAUUUUAUCAGAAUAUGAUAAGAAUACAAAGAAGUGUUACAUUUAAUCAAGUGAAAGGCAUUUUUGGAUUUGGAGACAGUGAUCCUAUUGGAAAAAUCUCAUUUCCGCCAACUCAAGCUGCUCCAGCAAUUUCUGGAACUUUUCCCUUUAUUUUUAAGGAUGCAAAAGUUAAUUGUUUAAUACCAUGUGCUAUAGAUCAAGAUCCCUACUUUAGAAUGACAAGAGAUGUUGCACCAAAAAUUGGCUAUCCAAAACCAGCCCUGUUACAUUCUAUAUUCUUUCCAGCUUUACAAGGCUCUAAAACAAAAAUGUCAGCUAGUGAUAACAAUACUGCAAUAUUUUUGACAGACACUGCUAAACAAAUAAAGAAUAAAAUUAACAAGCAUGCAUUCUCAGGAGGACAAGCUACUAUUGAAGAACACAGACAAUUAGGAGGCAAUUGUGAUAUUGAUAUAUCAUAUCAGUGGUUACGAUUCUUCCUAGAGGAUGACGAAAAACUAGAACAACUUAGAAAAGGUUAUACUAGUGGAGAAAUUUUAACAGGAGAACUUAAAAAAGAAUUAAUUGAAGUGUUACAGCCUCUGGUAGCUGCACAUCAGGAAGCUAAGAAUAAAUUAACAGAUGAAAUAGUAAAACAGUAUAUGAUUCCUAGGGAUCUUGGUUUUGUGGCAAAUAUAAAAUAGUUAGAUGCAAAUUGCUUAUUAUGUAUAUAAAACACAUAGGAAUACUUUCAUCAGUUUAUUUAAUUUUAUUUAUUUUAGGAGCACAAAUAAUUUUUUCUUUAAAAAAAUUAUUUUUUAUGUCAUGAUGGUAAUGGAUUAAAUUGCUUUUAUAAAAAUA